AUGUCGUCUUUGCAGGUUCAAACCUCGACCAUGGGUGUUUCUGAGAAGGCGAAGACCAUUGAUGCCUUCAAAAGCUACGGCCCCUGCAAAUUUCCGGGUCUGAACAACAUCGUACCAUCAAUGAAAAUGGAUUUUGGCUCGCUAGAAAUGAUUCUCGCAGACACGGAAAGAAUACAAUCACUGUCUACUGAGCUUGGCGUAUCAGUAGCCAGCCUACUGACAGCCGCUUGGGCAAUCGUGGUUGGUGGAUAUACAGGCUCAACCAACCCAUGUUUCGGAGUUCAACGUCAUGCAACUCCUCAAUCACUGGCGAUAACCAGCCAAGGGACCACUGUUGAGGCAUCUGUAUUCGCCAUUGAUCUAGAUUUGAACCAAUCAUUACUUGAAGCGAUCCACCUGGCGCACUCCUUACAACAGCUCAACGCGACAACAGUCACUCAUGAACAACGCCAUCAUCUGAUCGGCUCGACAUCCGAAAGCCUUUACAAUAGCGAGAUACGCAUAUUCCUGGGUGAAAGCACAGUCAAACAGGAUCAUCCAGAGCCCCUGGAUCGAGAUAUGCUAGGAGACCUAGUGCUCAUAAUCACGGACGGCCAAGGUCACUUGAGGCUUUCUUUCAACUAUCAACCCUACUUUCUCAGCGCUGAAGCGGCAACAGCAGUGGCUGAGUCAUUCAAGUCAAUAUUACUCUUCGUGAUAUCUCAACCGCACAUGCUUCUCAAUGAAUUGAGUUUUCUCAGCGAGUAUGACAAACAGUUACUCUGCCAAUGGAAUAGAACUGCUUCAUCAGGUGCACAGAAGUCCACAGUCCACGGAAUCUUCGAAGAUAUGGCAGCUACUCAACCUGAUAGCAUAGCCGUGGACUCAUGGGAUGGCCAGUUGACUUAUACGGAACUUGAUCAACUCGCUGAAAAUUUGGCCAUUCACCUCAGAAAUCUAGGCGUCGGCAGAGGAUCAAAUGUCAUACAUUGCUUCCCCAAGUCCAUGUGGGCUGUGGUUGCCAUAGUGGCAAUAUUGAAAGCCGGUGGUGCAUCGGUAGCACUAAGCCCCGAUUUUCCUAAGAGCCGAGUUCAGACCGUUGUGCAUGACACAAAGGCCACCGUUGCACUCGCCUCGCUGGAGACUAUGGCAACUGUAGAAGGAUUGACCACCAAAACACUUGUCAUUGAUAAGUCUUCAAUCAACUCAUUACAAGGUGGCGUCACUGAGGAGGUGAAUGGUAGCAAACCAGAUCCUCAAGAUGCCGCCUUCGUCGUAUUCACCUCGGGUAGUACCGGAGUUCCCAAAGGCAUUGUCAUCCAGCAUGCAGCUCUCUGCUCAUCAAUGAGCCACAUUGGUCAACUGUUUGAGAUGAGUCGAGAAUCAAGGGUCCUGCAAUUUUCGGCUUACACCUUUGAUGUGCAUCUCUUUGACAUCUUCGUCACACUUCACUUUGGAGGGUGCGUCUGCAUCCCAUCGGAGGAACAAAGGUCGAACAACCUCACUGGAUUCAUCAACCGACAUGACGUCAAUUCGCUAAGCCUGACCCCAACUGUUGCAUCCUUGCUGGAUCCAGAGGAGGUGCCGUCAGUUACGAAAUUGGUCAUGAUGGGAGAAGCUGUCACCAAGGGAGUUAUCGACGCAUGGUCAUCUACGAAAGGUGUCCGUCUCUUCAACGGUUACGGUCCAGCAGAAACAUGGGUCGCAAGUUGGGCUGAGAUCAUACCCGGGGCCGCUUCCCCUAGCAAUAUUGGGUUCGCAGUGGGUGGUGAUAGGCUUUGGGUUGCAGAUCCCUUGAAUCACACACGCCUAAUGCCAAUUGGGUCUGCAGGCGAGCUUCUGAUCGAGGGACCAACACUUGCCAAGGGUUACUUGAAUAUGCCCCUGAAAACCUCCGAGGUUUUCAUAGAGAGCCCGGCUUGGCUUCAAGACCAGAUCCACCGGUUCACGCCGGCGCCUGGACGACUCUACAAGACCGGAGAUCUUGUUCGUUACAACUCGGAUGGAAGCCUCGACUAUCUCGGAAGGAAGGAUACACAGGUCAAAGUUCAUGGACAGCGUGUUGAGUUGACCGAGAUUGAGUAUCAUCUAAACAGCAUAACCCCAAAGAUCGCUGAUUGCGUUGUUGUCCACGCAUCGUCAGGUCCGUGCCAAGGCAGACUCAUUGCUUUGGCAGCACCAUGCUCUGGUGGUCCGCGUAUGCGCCAGGUAUCAGAAGUCAAGCCUGACAUUAUAUCGAAGGCUAUCAUUGAUGACCUCAAGGCAGCGCUUUCAACGAAGCUUCCCUCAUAUAUGAUACCCACUCUCUGGGCGACGGUAGAGGGGAUCCCGCUCACGGCAUCAGGCAAGACACAUAGGAGUGUGAUUUCUCGCUGGGUAAAUGGGAUGGACACAUCCACUUACUUGCUGGUCACUGGCAUGAGUCGCAGCGGAGAUGAUGUGGCGGGCGCGAUGACCGAGGAAGAACGACUGAUACAGGACGUCUGGUCCCGGGUAUUGGGAUUGCCCCAAGAAGAAGUCGGUACGAAUCGCUCGUUCGUGAGUCUGGGGGGCGACUCAGUUGCUGCUAUGAAGACCAUUUCCUUGCUUGGUCGAAGGCACGUACAGGCCACCGUCAAAGACUUGAUGCUCGGAAGGACGAUCCAGGAGAUAGCCGCAGCUGGCCAGCACGUGACCCCAGCUGGUGCCACGACACCACAGGCCAUCCCACUAUGCACACCCGAGAUCGCCGCAAAGGUCCAGAAAGAACAACAUGAAAGACUCCGGCAACUCGCUACUUGGCCCAGUGAUGCAGACAUCCAAGUCGAAGAUGUCUAUCCAUGUUCUCCAGCCCAGCAGGGCAUUCUCAUCAGCCAAGCGAAGACUAGCGGUUCGUAUGCGAUCCGUUACGUGGCUGAAGUGGGAUUAAAUAACGGUUCGCCUGUGGACAUUGGGUGCCUUGAGAAGGCCUGGCAAGCUGUCAUCAACCGUCAUGCUGUACUACGAACCAUUUUCGUCGAAGGUACAACAGCCCAGCAGCCACUGGAACAAGUUGUUCUGCGUCACGUGAAGGCUGAUAUCCACCACUUGAAGCUCAUACCCAUUGGCGGGAGUGAAAAUGGGUUGGAAGUUAUAGAGAGCCAGCCUCAGACUGAUAUCCAGAUGGGGAAGUUACCACAUCGACUUACUAUCCUCGUGAGCCAAACCCAGAAAUGCUACAUCCGACUCGACAUUAGCCAUACUAUCACUGAUGGCGGCUCCAUUGCACUUAUGGUCCACGAACUGAAAUCGGCGUAUGAUGGAAUGCUACCUCGGGAGCCUGGACCGGUCUACAGAGAUUUCGUUAACAACAUCUUCAGCCGGCCGUCUACGCUCGGGAAAACUUACUGGAGCGAGUAUCUUCAGGGUGCUGAACCUUGUCACUUUCCAUUGCUAGUGGAAGGCAAUGUGACCCCUGAAAGGAAGUUGAAUUCCGUGCCGUUGAAUCUAUCGCUUUACGCGCGGGAUAUCUCGUCUUUUUGUCAAGAAAAAGAGGUAACGCUAUUCCACAUCUUCCAGACGGCAUGGGCCUUGGUGUUGCGUGCGUACUUGAACCGCAAUGAUAUUUGCUUUGGUUAUGUUGCUUCCGGACGAGAUGCUCCUGUGGCCUCUAUAGAGUCAGCCAUGGGUGCAUUCAUGAGCACGUUGAUCAGUCGCGUUGACAUCGAUGAUUCGAUGACGGUUCUUGACCUCCUCAGGGAGAUGAAAGCACGAACCACGAUCAGCCUUGAUCAUCAGCAUUUUUCGAUUCCAGAUAUGUGCCAUUCUCUGGACUUAUCUGGAGACCUGCUCUUCAAUACCAUCAUUGGUUUUCAGACAGUCCUGUCCUUGGAUGACAACGACACCCGGGGCUCGUUAUCUAUUGAUGAACUCAGCAUUCACGACCCUACAGAGUAUGAUAUUGCUAUCCUUGUCGAUACUUCUUCGGACUUCCCCCGCGCGGAUCUCACUUACUGGACCGACAGAGUCUGCGAUUUGCAGGCUGAAAACCUUGCUGAUACAUUGGCACACACAAUAUCGGCUAUAAUGUCACAAGCCCAUGAUCAAAUUGGGCUCGUUGACCUGGUUUCGGAUGCAGCCCAUCGGAAGAUGACUGAGUGGAACAUGACUGCUACCAACGACGUGACAGAUUUCAUUGACAAUGCAUCUUGCGUUCACACCAUCUUCGAGCAACAAGCCCGGUUGCGCCCUAACGCUGUAGCCAUCGCCGCGCACGAUGCUCAAAUGACCUAUGGGGAACUAGACACGGUCACAACAAGAUUGGCUCACCGAUUGGUAUCGUUGGGCGUUAAGCCGGAGACUCUUGUUCCAUACUGCAUUUCCAAAUCUGCGUGGGCAACCGUGUCGGUGCUGGCAAUUCUAAAAGCUGGAGGUGCUGUUGUCCCCUUGGAUCCAAGUCAUCCACGCGGGAGACUGGACACCAUUCUCGACGACACCAGCGCCAGGAUAAUUGUCACAACCCCUGAGCACCGUCAGCUAUUUGAACACACAUCUGCCGAGGUUCUGUCUUUAGAUGCCCACUUCCUGCAAUCCCUUCCAACACUCAGGGCCAUUCCAUGCCCGACUGUUCGUCCAAACAAUGUGGCAUUCGUCAUCUUCACGUCCGGAAGUACUGGAAUUCCCAAGGGGGUCAUGACAGAGCACCACUCAAUUGCUACUAACUGCCAGGCCUAUGGAAAAUGUUUGAAGAUCGAGGAAGGCUCUCGAGUGUUGCAAUUCGCUGCUCAUACCUUUGACGCUAGUAUCUUUGAUAUGUGCGCAGCAUUACUUCUGGGCAGCUGCAUCUGCGUCCCUUCCGAAAAUGACAGAAUGAACGAUCUUGCUGGAUACAUCACUCGCACUGGGUGCAACUGGAUUCUUGCUACAUCGACUGUUAUGGGUCUCAUGUCACCAGAGCAGGUACCAUGUCUUAAGGUUAUUGUUCUUGGGGGGGAAGCUCUAUCUCGUCAAGUCCUCAAGACGUGGGCCCCUGCUGCUGAAGUAUUCAACGCCUAUGGUCCUGCAGAAGCUGCUAUAAUGUCGGCUUGCUCUAGAUCCUUGUCGGUUGACUCCCAAGCCUCCUGUAUUGGAACUGGGGUUACAGGUCCAAUCUGGUUGACAGAUCCAUCUGACCACCGCAAGCUGGUACCUAUUGGUUCUGUCGGUGAGAUCACAAUCCAAGGUCCGGGUGUCUCACGUGGCUAUCUUAACUCUCCAGAUAAGACGUCCCAGGUGUUCUUCGAUGCGCCUCAGUGUAUGCAAGGCUACUUCGGCCACUAUAGUCGUGUAUACAGGACUGGAGACCUGGGGCGUUUCAACUCCGAUGGAUCCGUUGAGAUACUCGGUCGUAAAGACAGCCAAGUCAAACUUCGAGGCCAACGUUUGGAGCUUGGUGAGAUUGAAUACCAUAUAUCAGCACAUGCUCGAGUCAAGCAGACAGUGGUUGUGAAAGGGUCCCGGGGUCCGUGCAAGGAGCGCCUGGUGGGCCUGAUAUCGCUGCGCACAAAGCCCUCCAGCAACAGCAGAAACUUGGCGUUAGUGCAUGGCCAGUUGAAGAAGGAGGCUGUUGGCAUCAUCCGCGAAUUACGGGAAUCCCUUCAGGAACGUCUUCCAGCAUACAUGACUCCCACUGUAUGGGCCGUACUGGAAGACUUACCGGUCACAACAUCUGGCAAGAUCUAUAUAAAAGCCCUUAAAGAAUGGGUUGAUGGGAUGCAUCACGACACGUUCAUUGAAACAUCAAAAUUCUCGGCAUCUGUUGCGGCAUCCGAUGGUGAUGCAGAUCAAGGGUCGAAGGCAAUGUCUAACAUCGAACAAAGCAUUCAACAAAUCUGGUCUCGUGUGCUCAACCUUCCCGCAGAGACGAUAGCGCGGUCAAGUACUUUCCUGUCUUUGGGCGGAGACUCCGUAACAGCCAUGCGAGUGAUGUCUCUGUGCAGAGCGGAGCAGCUCAUAGUCACUGUACAGGAUGUACUGCGAAACCAGUCCUUAGGGAGCCUCGCAAGGCGUGUCCAAUCGGUGUCCCCCACAACCGCUCUUGUGGAAAUGGAAGAGAUAUACGACACUCCAGUCGCCUUGACUCCGGUCCAAAAACUUUUCUUCCAUGCACUUCCGGGUGGUACCAAUCACUAUAACCAGAGCUUUCUUCUAAAGCUUCGGAGGUCUAUCUCACCGGACAAGCUGGAACACGCCAUGGAUACUGUUGUCAGUCGACACUCUAUGCUACGAGCUCGAUUCUACAGGUCUGAGUUGAGCGGAGAGUGGCUCCAGCAAAUUCCUCAAUCAGACUCACGACAAAUUCGCCAACACUAUCAUUUCCGUGCCUCUGCGGUAUCGGACGAACACCCAAUAGCUGAAGCUGCUUCCACCGCACAGAAUGAGUUGAAUAUUCAGGAGGGCAAGGUAUUUUCUGCCACACUGUUUGAAAAAGCAGGGGAACAGCAUCUCUAUCUCAUCGCCCACCAUCUUGUCAUCGACCUUGUAUCGUGGCGCGUUCUCCUUCAGGACCUCGAGGACCUUUUGUCGUCAUCCGCUACGAGCCUGCAAAGUCAUCUGCCCUACCUACAAAUUUCUAAGCAGCGCCACGAGCACUUUGCUUCUUGCGCUGACGCUCUUUCCGCACCCAUGCCAACCCCAGCUGACUGGUCAUUCUGGGAGCUUUCAAGUGCUGACAACGUCCAAGCCAACGUUCACCAUCUUGGUUUUACCCUCGAUGAGGGGAUUUCCAAGUUGAUACUGGGCCGUUGCAACGACGUGUUGAAAACUGAAACCACGGAGUUGCUUCUGGCUGCUAGUUUGAAUGCUUUUGCCCAGAUAUUCCCGAACCGGGCUUCACCGUCCAUCUUUGUAGAGGGCCAUGGCCGAGACCACAGUGGUCUUGGCGACUUGGAUGCAUCAGGCACUGUUGGUUGGUUCACUACGAUUUGGCCCUUGCUCGUUCCCGUCAGCACGGAGGGGGGCUUGGGUAUCGUUCAUAUCCUACGAGCUAUCAAGGACCAACGGAAACAUGGAAAAUCGGCCGGACAGUACUAUCUCGAUCAGAUAACAGCACGCCAAGAUCUCCAAGACCCAACAAUGGAGAUCAUGUUCAACUACGAGGGCCAUUACCAGCAAUUUGAAAACAUCGGAGGCUUAUUUAGUAUGGUACCCAUACCAGCAGCCGAUGUCGGUGACGACGUGCGACGAAUGUCUUUUUUCGAUAUCUCAGCUGUCGUGAAAGACGGCAGAAUCGAGUUCGACUUCGCUAUCAACCUGAAGUCGGCUCAUCAGGAGUGCAUCGCGGCCUGGGUCACUCAGACAGAACAAGUUUUGAAAGACAUGGCUAUCAGCCUCCCAGGAAUGACACGCCAUUAUAGUCUGGCAGACUUUCCGCUCCUAGAACUGGACUAUGAUACACUUGACAACUUCCUCACAACCCUUGAGCCCCAACUCAGCUUAUUGGUGCCAAACGACUGUCCCACACUCAUCGAAGAGGUAUAUCCUUGCACUGGUCUACAAGAAGGCCUUCUGCUCGCCCAAGGAAAACAUGCCAGCAACUAUGCGGUGCACGUUAUCGCUGAAGUCAUUGCAGCAUCAGGCAAACCUGUGGAAGUGCCUCGGCUGAGUGAAGCUUGGGCUCACGUGGUGCAGAGGCAUCCCAUACUGAGGACGGUAUUUGUAGCCCAUCCUACAGAUACUGGUUACCAUGCGCAGGUUGUUCUGCGAAACAUCCUUCCCGAUAUUGAUAUCGUCAAAUGCCAAUCAGUUGAAGCUGCAUUGGACCUGUGGAAAGAAGCACCCACGAGUAGCUACUCAUCAGUGCGUCCACCACACCGAUUCAGUAUUUGCAGCACAGCCAGUGGGCGCGUUCUCUUAAGGUUCGAGUUCAGCCACAGUAUUCUUGAUGCUGACUCCAGUCGAAUUCUCUUGAGAGACUUGGCGAUUGCCUAUGGUGACAGCCUUGACAUUGACGAGUCUGCCCCACGUUUCAGUCAGGUUGUGCAGCAUAUUCGCGAGCAAGAUGGAAUGAAAGACCUGAAUUACUGGAAGACACAACUCAAUGACGCAGAGCCGUGUUGCAUUCCUGAUCUUUCCGAAGGUUGUAGAGAAAGCAGGCUGAACGUUCAACGCCUUGAUAUGGGUGUAUCCGCUGAAACCAUCCACGCGUUUUGCAAGGACCACGGCUUGACGCCAUUUGCCGUUCUGCAAGCAGCUUGGGCUAUUGUCUUGAGAUCUUAUACUUUUAUGGACAAUGUUGCCUUCGGAUAUCUUUCAUCUGGACGCAAUGCUCCGGUGGCCGGCAUUGAGGACAUAGCCGGUGUUCUCGUCAACAUGCUGGUGUCGCAUGCGAAAAUAUCUCAUGACAUAGAGGCACUUGAGGUGAUGAGAACGAUGCAGAAGGGUUUUACCGAGGGCCUGGAGCAUCAAUAUUGCCCACUAGGCGAGAUCCAACAUGCACUUGAACUCAGUGGCCAGCCUCUGUUCAAUACAGCAAUUGACUUCCAGCGACCCGGUACGUCCAAUAGGGAUAGCACUGCUAUAUCGGUGCACCCAAUGGAUUUCCAUGACCCAACAGAAUUCAGCUUAACUUUGCACUUCGAGCUCAACCAUGAUGUAUUCUCUGCGUACAUGGAUUACUGGACGUCGUCCCUUGCCCCGGAAUAUGCGGAGCAUAUUGGUGAAGCACUUGCGCUUGCUCUACAAAAUAUUCUAGAGAAUCCUCUACAGAAGAUUGGUGAGAUCAGCCUGGCUGGCGAGCUCACACUGGAUACGCUUGUCGAUAUCAACACUCCGGCGCCCGUCACUAAAUUGGAAUGCCUUCAGGACACCUUUCGACGCUAUGCCCAAGCAACGCCAACCGCCCCAGCUGUCUUUUCUACCAACAUGACCCUUACAUACGGCGAAUUGGACCGCCUGUCCACCAGAUUGGGGAACUACCUGGUGCAAAUGGGCGUUGGGCCUGAAGUCAAAGUCCCAAUGUGUUUUGAGAAAUCUGCUUGGGCCAUUGUUUCGAUGUUCGCUGUGUGGAAGGCUGGCGGUUGCUUGGUUGCGCUCGACCCUUCUCACCCGAAAUCUCGCUUGAGGGGCAUUUUGGAUGACGUAUCGGCAAAGUUCAUCCUCGCUUCUUCCCAAACAAUCGAACUAUGUAGUGAGGGACUAGGCACAGAAGUAAGACCAAUAAUUGUCGACUCGAGCAGCCUAGACUCAAUGCACGACGAGCAGGUGAAGCCAUCACCUGUGCGGCCCCACAACGCAGCAUACAUCAACUUCACAUCCGGCACGACCGGCCGACCGAAAGGGGUUAUUAUUGAGCACCAGGCCAUCGGUAGCAACGUUGAACCACUUGCACGGUGUUCUGAUAUCAAUACCACCACUCGUGUUCUUCAAUUCUCCUCAUACGCCUGGGAUGCAUUCUAUUGUGAGACCAUUAUUCCCCUCUUGUCUGGCGGGUGUACAUGUGUGGCCAGCGACCACGAACGGUCCCAUGACAUCGCAGAGUUUAUUCGAAGAGCAAACUGUACCUGGGUGCUGUUCACGCCAUCCUUUGCGAGGUUGAUCAAACCUUCCGAUGUGCCAAACCUACGAACCUUGCUACUCGGUGGUGAAGCGAUGUCGGCAGAUGAUGCUGCAACCUGGUCGAAGUCUGUCGUUCUAAAGAACGCCUAUGGACCAUGCGAAGCUUCUAUCGUGGCCCUCAUACACCCUAACAUAUCUGAGGCUCCUAGCGAGCACAACCUCGGCCAGCGCAUUGGCCAAACCAUCUGGGUCGUCGACCCCAAGAAUCAUCAGCGCCUUUCACCGCUUGGAGCCCCGGGAGAGCUGGUGCUCGGUGGCCCGCCUAUUGGCAGGGGCUACAUAAAUGAGCCAAAGAAAACGGAAGAAGCCUUUAUUGCUGACCCAGAAUGGUACUCGUCGGAGCUUGCUCUCGACCUCGGUGCCUUCGCUUCAAAAUUCUAUCGUACAGGAGACUUAGUGCGCAUGAAUACCGAUGGCUCUAUCCACUUUAUUGGUCGCAAAGAUCAUGACCAAGUAAAGCUGCGUGGUCAACGCAUGGAAUUGGGCGAGGUUGAGCAGUGUAUUCUGACCAAUAUGUCCACCGCCAAGCAGGUGGCUGCAGCGGUAAUAUCACGUUCGGGGAACAUCGAGGAUAAGCAACUUGUUGCCUUCCUAGGAACAUCAGAUACCAAUACUCCUCUUUCUGCAAAGCCGAGGGCGCUGGAAAUGUCUGAUGAGCUUUUCAAGGAGUUGAAGACAUUGACGAGCAUCCUGGCGAGAAGUCUUCCCUCCUUCAUGAUCCCAUCAUUGUUCAUCCCGGUCAGCCACAUGCCGUUAGGCUCCUCCACCAAAAUUGAUCGCAGAGCCCUUGCUGAAAUACCCUGUCAAAUUGCGGAUGCUGACAUCGCGCGGUACUCACUCACACUGCUGACUGAAAUAUGCGAACCUAAGAGCCCCUUAGAGAUCGCCCUGCAUGGGCUGUACGCGACUGUUCUGGCGAUACCAGCUGGAAAUCUUUCCAUAAAGGAUGACUUCUUUCACCGCGGAGGCGAUUCGAUCAAAGCUAUCAAGUUGGUUUCAGCAGCUCGUCACAAAAAUUUGAACUUCUCCGUGGUCGACAUUUUCAACAACCCCACAGUUGAAAACCUGGCACUCGUCGCCAAAUUCAUAGACACUGGGGAUUUGGAUGGUGUACCGAGCGAGACCGAGGUAGUAUUAGUACCACAUGACAUUCGGGAAGGUAUACUGAGGAUUGCGACCGAAGAACACAAGAUGAAAUCCUCUCAGAUCGAAGAUGUUUACCCUUGCACCGAACUCCAGGACGCCAUGCUGGCCCUUUCUCUAAGUCAACCUGGCUCAUACACACUGCAGCUCGUCACAUCAAUAUCUGACGAUGCAGAUCUUGAAAGUUACCUCGACGCUUGGAAGGCCGUACGUCGGAAUAAUGACAUCCUCCGGACGAGGAUCCUGAGCACUCGUGAGAGACGUUAUCAGGUUGUCUACAACGAUAGGAUGAUUAUCAAACAAGAGGAGUCACUUCAAUAUUACCUGGACGCAGACAAGAAAAUACCAAUGGGUUACGGCGAUCCCCUUGCUCGCUUCGCAUUGAUAACGGAAGGGGAUGACAGCAUGCAGUAUUUUGUCUGCACCUUGCAUCACGCGUUGUACGAUGGUUGGUCAGUGUCAUUGCUCAUGGAGCAGCUGACACAAGCCUAUCAGUGGAAACCUCUCGUCAAGCCGCCGUCUUUUGCCAACUACGUCGGCUAUAUUAAUCGACAAGACCGCGCUGCCACUGAAAGCUUCUGGUCCACCGAGCUUGCCGGUGCAUCAACUUGCGAUUUUCCCCGCCUGCCGGCCCCGACCUAUCAGGCAUGUGCAGGCCAGACGAUGGAUCGACUUAUGGCCUUUACUCAACAGGACUCGAGCAUUCCGCUUGCUGCUGUCAUUAAAGCCGCGUGGGCCCUCCUGCUAGGGAAAUACUCAGCAUCAAAAGAUGUUGUAUUCGCAACAACCAAUGCCGGCAGGAACCUGCCUGUUGAUGAUAUCGCGGAUAUGGUUGGUCCAACCAUCACCUCCGUACCUGUUCGUGUUCACCUGGACAAAAAUCAGCGAAUCGGCGAUCUCUUACGCGACAUUCACCAAAAUUCUCUGUCCAUGCUCCCCCAUGAGUACCUUGGAUUGCAGAAUAUCCGACGUCUCACACCUGAUUGCGAAGCAGCCUGCGACCUUCGUAGUUUGCUUGUUGUCCAACCUGGUGAUCUUGACGACAGUGCAGCUGCAAUGGCUCCGGGUAUCCUAAGUGUACCAGUGCAAAUUACAAACUUCUUUACGCAUUCCUUGGUUGUUGAGUGCUACAUGGGGACAGAGGAGUUGAAACUCUCUGCUAGCUUCGACGAGAACAUCAUUAAUAGUCUUGAAGUCAAUAGGCUUCUUGCCCAGCUCGAACACUUGAUUCGACAGUUGACUGCAAAACGCAAUAAUUCGGUGGGGAGUAUUGAUAUACUCAGCCCUGAAGACCGACGCGACGUACUGGCAUGGAACAUUAGUAUGCCCGUUAAGGUCAACAGAUGUGUCAAAGAUGUCGUGGCCGAACGUGUUCAUCAACGUCCGAAUGCCCUGGCCGUGUCUUCUUGGGACGGCCAGAUGACAUACGAGAUACUUGAUGACCUAUCCAGCCGGCUAGCGGUGCAGCUAACCUCCAACUGGUCUGUCAAGUCCGAGACAUUAGUACCGCUAUCGUUUGAGAAGUCGGCUUGGGCGAUCGUCGCGAUGCUGGCCGUCGUGAAGGCUGGCGGUGCAUUCGUGUUCUUGGAUACCAAGAUGCCAAUCGCCCGUCAACAAUUCAUCAUCAGUUGUUCCGGCACUGCUUUCGUUCUUAGCUCCAAGAACAACAUGUCAUUAUGGAGUGGUACACAGUGGCAACCGAUCGAAGUCAGCCAAGAAGCCACCAAAAGUCUUCCUCAACAAGCAGUGUCGAAUGUCCCCAGUCAUCCAAACAGUCUCCUCUACGCAAUAUAUACAUCCGGAAGCACAGGUAUGCCUAAGGGUUGCCUGAUAGAUCAGUCGGCCUUCCUCAGCAGCGCAGCUAGCUACACGAAGUUGCUGCAAAUGGACCAAGACUGUCGAGCACUUCAGUUUUCUUCGUUCGCAUUUGAUGUGAGCUUAAUGGAAUCCCUCGCAGUUCUUACUGUUGGUGGCUGCAUCUGUAUUGCAAGUGAACAAGCUACUGAGGCAGGCGUUGCUAGCAUGAUCCAGGAAUCCCGUCCCAACUGGGCGUCGCUGACGCCUUCAGUCGCCCGACUGAUGCGUCCAGCUGAGGUACCAACCUUGGAAACUCUUGCACUCGUGGGAGAGCCUUUAACACAGGAUGAUGUCAGAACUUGGGCCGGAAGCCUGAAGCUUAUGAAUGGUUAUGGCCCAACAGAAUGUGCCAUCUUGUGUGUCAUCAACCCCACAAUGGAUCCCAACACAGAUGCUGGCAAUACCGGCUUUGGAAGUGGUGGACUGACAUGGGUCGUCGACCCGGACGACCACAAUGUACUUAUGGCCAUCGGAUGUCCUGGAGAAAUGCUCAUGGAAGGCCCGAUCUUGGCCCGUGGCUAUCUCAAUCAGCCAGAUGUCACAUCCUCCGUAUUCGUUGAAAGCCUUGCCUGGGCUCCCGGUAGACGCUUCUAUAAGACAGGAGAUCUGGUUCGAUACAAUUCGGAUGGUUCAAUCCAUUGCUUGGGUCGUAAGGACCAACAGGUCAAAGUUCGGGGUCAACGAAUUGAACUAGGUGAGGUCGAGGAGAGCAUCGAUGCUUUGCCCAUGGUCGAUCACGCCUGUGUACUCCUACCCAAGUCUGGCCCAUAUGCGAAGAGACUUACUGCAGUCGUGGUCCUAAAGGAGCUUUCUGUUCCCGAAACAUUCGGUUUACAGCUCGUAGAAGGAAGGUCCAGGGAUCUUGCCAGCUUGAGAAUCACAGAGAUGCGUGAGGCUCUCGCAGAGACUCUUCCUCGGUACAUGGUGCCGGACACGUGGAUCCUGACUCUUAGUACACCGAUAUCUAUAUCGGGAAAGAGAGACCGACGAGCAAUUCUCCAAUGGGUAGAAAAUAUCGAUGCUAGCUUGCAAGAACAGGUAGACAACCUGGUUGCCCCCGAUACCAUCGAGCUUCCUCAAACGGAAAGAGAGAAGCAUCUACAUACGAUUGUUUGCGAUGUCCUCAACAUCAGCACAGCCAAGACCGGGAUCAACCGAUCAUUCAUGAGCCUUGGAGGUGACUCGAUUAGCGCCAUGCGCCUCGUCGCGAAAUGUCGGAGCGAAGGAAUUUCAUUGAGCCUCAAGAAGAUCAUGAGUCGUUCCAGCCUAUCACAAUUGGCUGGUAGCUUGAACGAGGCUUCGCAACCAAGACCAUCUACACAAAUCACGACAGAUGAGAUCGGACGGCCAUUCAAUCUCACUCCGAUCCAGCAACACUACGUCAGCCUACAGUCCCAUUUUCCAGGUAUCGAGCCCGGGAUGGAACUGAUUGGACGCCACCGCUUUCAUCAAAGUUUCAUUCUCCGGGUUACUCGCUUCAUUGAUGCGUCUCGUAUGACUGUAGCAAUCCGUCAACUUGUUGAGCGCCAUCCGAUGCUCCGAGCGAAUUAUUUCCAAGCUCCGAACGGUUCUUGGAUGCAAACCGUCGGCGCUGCACCGGGCUCCACAGACUGCGUCUGGGUGAAUGAGGCGCGCACCAUUACCGAAGCACAAAGCGCUAUGUCUUCUGCCAACUCCCUCGAUGUCAAAGUCGGCCCAGUCUUCCGAGCUGUAUUUUUUCGGCACAAUUUUGAGGGGCAAGGGCAACUCCUCUUCAUGACAGCACACCACCUCGUGGUUGACCUAGUCUCGUGGCGUAUUAUAAUGGAUGAUCUUGAACAGAUCCUCGAGUCAAGUCAUCUCCCGGAUGCAACAGGAAUCAGCUUUCCAUCAUGGGCAGCACUUCAAGCAACUUACAGCGAAUGCCACUUGAGUCCCAAGUCCUCUUUGCCAGUCAAGGUACCUGCCUCCAACCCAGAAUACUGGGGGGUUACUUCGCCAGGCGAGAAUACAUACGGUGUUACAACAAGUAGAAGCUUGACUAUGAGCCGAUCGGAGACAGCUCGUCUGCUGGGACAGUGCCACGAUAUCCUCCGUACUGAUACAGUAGACGUACUGCUGGCUGCCAUGCUCGAAGCGUUUGCUAAAAUGUUCAGCGACAGAAGCACUCCGACUCUGUUUGUUGAAGGCCAUGGAAGAGAACCAUGGGACGAAAACAUUGAUAUUGGCUCGACAGUGGGUUGGUUCACCACAAUGUGCCCUAUUCCCGCCACCGUGGCUGCAAACGAUAAUUCUUUGCAAUCAAUCCGCCAGGUCAAGGACAUUCGCCGACGAAUGCCCAAGAAUGGUUGGGCAUACUUCACGUCGAGAUACCUUAACUCUGAGGGAGUAGAAGCAUUACGGGAUGACAGUCUGGCCGAGAUUCUCUUCAAUUUUGCAGGACAAUAUCAGCAAUUGGAGAAUCCAGAUAGCUUGUUCGUGGAUUGUGAGCUUGAACUGCCAGGCGAGGCUUCAGAUGUUGGCCCUGACGCUGUAAGAAUGGCACUCAUCGAAGUCUCCGCGAUUAUCAAGAAUGGUCACCUACAUAUGACCUUCAUCCUCAACAAGCACAUGCUCCACUUGGAUCGACUGGUAGAGUGGAUUGACUCCAUUCCGGCCACGUUGAAAUCAGUAAUGAACUGCUUAUACAGCCAGCAAAGAGCUCCAAUCCCGACGCUCAGCGAUUUCCCUUUGCUCCACACAGACCACGAGAGCAUAGACGACCUCCUCUCGGAAAUCUGCGGCCAAUUUGGUGCCAACGACUGGACUGAUAUCGAGGAUAUAUUUCCGUGCUCGCCUUUGCAGAAUGCUAUGUUACUCAGCUCUGCCGCAGACACCCAACGAUACCGAACAUGCGUCAUCUUCAACGUCACUAGUCCCUCACAGUUGAAAGUGCAAGAAUUGAGCAUCGCAUGGGGAAAGGUGGUUCAGCGCCACCCAUCACUUCGCACAGUCUUUAUGGAUACCCGCUCGUCAGAUGGUGCAUUCGAUCAGGUCAUUUUCAAGGAGCGACAUCCAAUAAUCGACACCGUAGACUCCGAUGACACUGUUGCCCUGCACUUGCUCAAGUCUCGGGCGCCUACAGAUUGGACUGGCAGUCCGCCCCAUGCCUUUACAAUCUGCCAAACAUCUGUUGGUCUUCUAUGUAAAUUGGAGAUUAGUCAUGCUCUCAUGGAUGGCACUUCCAUGGAUUUAAUCUUCCGUGAUCUGACUGCGGCUGUGGAGGGCAAGCUCCCUUCAGAUCCCACCACCUCAUACCGAAAUUAUAUCACGUAUCUUCAAGAGAAGAACUCUUCAGAUGCAUUGGCAUAUUGGACGGAAUAUCUGAAUGGCGUUGAACCAUGUCUCAUUCCACCAGUAAAGGCAGUAGAUGCUGUCAAUUCUCACGAGGUGCCAUCUAUCGACAUUCCUAUUGAUAAGGACUUGGCACCACUUCUCGACCAGUUCUCGAAGGACCAUGCUAUCUCUCACGCAUCUGUCAUCCAAGCUGCUUGGGCCAUGGUACUUCGUUGCUACACCCAAUCAGAUGACAUUGUGUUUGGCUAUGCAGUUAUCGGUCGAGAUGUGCCUGUUGAAGGAAUUGAGGAAACAGUAGGCCCAUUCAUCAAUGUCUUGACCUGCAGACUGGACAUGAGCGACAACUCGCUCAAUGCUCUAGGCCUGGCUGAUCAGGUUCAACAAGAUCUCAUCAAUAGUCUUCCAUUCCAGCAGAGCUCCAUGGCUGAGAUUCAGCACGAGCUCAAAUUGCCCAGCCGCACGUUGUUUGACACGGUGGUCUCGAUCCAGCGCUUCAACGACAAAUCAAUGCGGUCAGCCAGUGGUCUCCAAAUGGACCUGCUACACAGUCACGACCCCACCGAGUUCACUUUGACCUUGAAUGCAGCAUACUCAAAUGACCGGUUGAGUGCAGUUCUAAGAUACUCUCCCCACAAUGGUGUUACCAACUCUAGGGCAACCAGCAUAGCCCAUACCUUCAAUAUGGCCCUUUCAUCCAUUCUCCGCAGCCCACAAGAGCCGUUUCGCCAAGCCAGUCUUAUUAGUCCGCAUGACCGGUCCAUCAUUGAUCGGUGGAACAAGAACGCCCCUGCUCUCUCUAAUCAGUGCGUGCACGACAGCAUCACGGCACGAGCAAGACUACAACCAGACUCUCCCGCUAUUUCUUCCUGGGAUGGCGAAAUCUCGUACAAAAAGCUUGAGCUCUACACAGACCGUCUCGCCCUGCAUCUCGUGCAGAAUGGCGUCCAUUCCGGAACCAUUGUUCCUCUGUGCUUCGAGAAGUCCCUCUGGGCUAUCGUUGCAAUGAUUGCUACUCUGAAGUCAGGUGCUGCAUUUCUGCCUCUGAACUUGACUGACCCGGAAGAGCGUAUCAACACGUUGAUAUGUGAAUCAAGGGCAAACCUAGCGCUGGCAUCGGUCAGUCAAGCUUGCAAACUUCAGAACACCAUCACUACAUUCACAGUCUCCGAAGACUCUAUUCUGGAUAUGGAAGCGCCUGACGCGGACAACCCUUUGUGUUACGGGAAUCCUGCAGAUCGUGCCUACGUGCUGUUUACAUCUGGCAGUACAGGCAAGCCAAAAGGCGUUGUCAUCGAGCACCGAGCCCUUUCAAGUAAUAUUGCAGAGCACGCCCCCGGUCUUGGACUUAAUCCUGCAUCACGUGUCCUUCAAUUUGCAUCAUACACCUUUGAUGCUUCAAUCACCGAGAUCCUGUCUACAUUGGUUUCUGGCGGCUGUGUGUGUGUUCCUACUGAGCAGGAGAGGACUACGGAUCUCGGAGGAGCAAUGCGGAACAUGGAUGUCACAUUUGCCAUGUUGACACCAUCUGUUGUACACCUCCUAUCCCCCGAAAACCUGCCUUCCCUCGAGACUCUAGCGCUUGUCGGAGAGGCUGUGCCCAAAAGCCUCAUCAACAAAUGGUCCCAGAGGCUCAACCUCCUUGUUGGGUACGGACCCACGGAGACUGCAGUCUUCGCGUCCAUUGGCCGAUUGACCAGUCGAGAGGAUGCUGGGUUUAUUGGCACCUCCAUCGGUACUACGACCUGGGUCGUCGACGCCGAGGAUCACAACUGUCUGGCUCCUAUUGGUUCAGUAGGAGAACUGGCGCUAAGCGGCCCAACAUUGGCCAGAGAGUAUCUGAAUAAUCCAGAGAAAACUGCCGAAGUCUUCCUUUCUACACCAUUAUGGUCAGAGCCGAAUGCCAUUGAUCGCAUAUACAAGACCGGCGAUCUAGUGUACUACAGGGACGAUGGUGCUAUCAUGUAUAUUGGGCGCAAAGACAGCCAAGUCAAGAUUCGCGGUCAGCGACUCGAGUUGGGAGAGAUUGAGCAUCAAAUGCUAGCUUGCCUACCUCCUCGUUCAGAAGCUGCGGUCGCCGUUCUCAGGGGAGAUGGUGAGGCUUCUGCGCUGCGCCUCGUUGCCUUCGUACGCAUACCGAGCCUCAGUGAUUGCGCACAUGAGAAUUCAACCAUCCCUAUGUCGGAGAAUGUUCGCGCAGUCCUCUUGAGCUUGAAAGCAGGGCUGCACAGUAAGAUAUCGGCAUACAUGGUUCCGUCACUCUACAUUCCUCUGCCCAUUCUCCCCAAAUCUGCGGCAGGGAAGGCAGACAAAAAAGCAAUGUUACAUAUUGCACAAGCGCUUUCCAAGGAAGAGAUUGACUUCUAUUCUCUCAGGGAUGCUGGAAAGCGUCCAGUAUCUAGUGAAACUGAACGCUUGAUACAGGGCAUUUGGGCGGUGGUCCUUGGUAUUUCGGAGGACUGGAUUGGUGCUGAUGAUCACUUCUUCAAACUAGGAGGAGAUUCCCUUACUGCUAUGAAAGCUGCGUCCCAGUUGCGCGUCAAGGGUCUCUUUGUCUCGGUCCCCGAAAUAUUUACGCGUCCCAAGUUGUCUGAUCUUGCGUUACUCGUCCAAAGCCUAACCCAAUCUAUCGACUCUGGUCACCAACCCGACGUCUUGCCUUUUGCAUUGAUCCAAAACAGGCAGGAGGUUAUCGAUCGUGUUCAGGCAUGUCUAGAUGUGUCACCGAGCAUAGUGGAGGAUGCUUAUCCUACAACACCCCUUCAAGAGGCACUUUUCGCGAUCACUCAAACAAACAACACAGCCUAUGUCAACCGUAUGGUAUUCAAGCUCCCCGAGAAUAUUGAAAUUGCUCGCUUCAAGGCUGCGUGGGAAUCUGUUGUUGGCUCAAACGCGAUCUUGAGGACUGCUAUCGUCAACACUGAGCACUAUGGUGCCUGUCAAGUGGUAUACAAACACAAUGCCCAAUGGCAAGAAACGAAUGGUAGUCUUCAAUGCUAUCUGAACAUGGAUGCCAAAGUCCUCAUUACCGAGGGUCAACUGCUUACGAGAUACGGUAUUAUCCCCGAUGCCUCUGGGUGCUACUUCGUAUGGACAGCCCAUCAUGCUGCCUAUGAUGGGUGGUCUACCGGCGUUAUAUUGAAUCUAGUGCGCCAAGUUUACGACGGGGCAACUGUGCAGCCAACAAGCUAUUUUGCCAACUUCAUACGCUACCUAGGCGGUAUUGAUGAGAGCGACACCAAUGCGUAUUGGCGGAAUCGGUUGGACGGUUAUUCACGUGUCGACUUCCCAUCCACACCAUGCUCAACGUAUCAAGCUAUCAGUAAUCGAUCAACCCAACAAACUAUUACGCUUCCGUCAUCUGACACAAAUUUGGAAAUCACAUUGGCAUCCUUGAUCCGGGCAUCGUGGGCUCUAGUCGUUUCAAAGCAUACUGACAGCUUGGACGUUGUCUUCGGAAUGGCACAGAGUGGACGCAAUGCCCCACUUCCUAAUAUCGAACAAAUGACAGGCCCGACAACGACUACUAUUCCUGUCCGAGUCCAGAUCGACCAGUCUCAGGAAGUCUCGGAUUAUCUCAAGACUGUACACUCUCAAGCUGCGGAAAUGACACCGUUCGAACAAGCUGGUCUCAAGCACAUCAAGGGGUUAGGGCAAGGCCCUGAGGAUGCUUGCGCUUUCCGCAAUCUACUCGUCGUUCAGCCUCAGAGCUCCACCAAUGCAGAUCAGUGGCUCAAACCCGUUGCAAACAAUUUGGAGGGGUUCGACAAUCUUCCACUCACAGUUGAGUGCUCAUUGGGCCAAGACCAAAUUGUAGUUGCAGCUCAUUUCGACUCGCACCUGCUAUCUGAGGCCCAAGUUGACCGUAUCCUUUGCCAGUUAAGGUCUGUGAUCCAGCAACUUUACACUGCUGGUAAGGGCUACAGGCUCUCGGAUAUUGAACUCUUCACCCCUGAAGACAGAAACCUGGUGUUCAAUCAAUGGAAUGCCACGUUGCCAGCAACAGUCGAUGCAUGCAUCCACGAUCUCUUCGAGCGUAAUGUCGUGGAUCUGCCGGAGAAGGAAGCCAUUUGCUCCUGGGACGGCUCUUUUACGUACCAGGAGCUGAACAGGCUGUCAACCCGCGUGGCACAAGAACUUCUCGAUGCUGGUGUUCGACCAGGGAGCUUAGUACCCUUCUGCUUUGAGAAGUCUGCAUGGGCCAUAGUAUCAAUGCUGGCUAUCCUCAAAGCAGGGGCUGCUUUUGUACCUAUGGAUCCCACUCAUCCCGAGAGUCGGCUUCACGACAUCAUUGAACAGACUGGGGCGAAAGUUAUACUGGCGUCAAUCUCCGCUCCAGUUUUGCAUGUUGAAAAAACUAUAGUGGUAUCUGCAAACGCUGUCGCCGGCUAUAGGGACGUGAAGCUCGAUCUGCCUCCGAAAGACCCGAGUUCUCUUGCAUAUGUCAUCUUCACGUCCGGAAGCACAGGUCGCCCCAAAGGUGUUAUGAUGCCACACCGAUCGGUAUGCUCCAGUGCCCAGAUGUUGGAUCUGGCUUGGCUCGGAAUCACCAUGGACUCGAGAGUGUAUCAGUUUCCUUCAUAUGUCUUCGAUGCGUCCAUCUUCAACAUAUUUGCCUCUCUUUCGGCGGGCGCUACUCUUUGCGUACCUUCAGACGCAGACAGGCUGGGCGCUAAUCUUGCGCAGUCAAUGCGCAAGAUGCAAGUCAGUUGGGCUGUCUUGACUGCUACGGUCGGUCGCCUUCUCGAGCCCAAGGAUGUACCAACACUGCGUUCCCUCAUGUUUGGAGGCGAUACAGUCUUUCAAGAGGACGUGGACAGAUGGGCGUCGAAGGUGCAACUCAUUCAGGGCUACGGGCCUGCCGAGACAACUGUCUUCGUGACCUGGACAAACACGACGGCACAAACGGCUCCAAGCAAUGUAGGGCCACCACGGCAAGCACGUCUCUGGAUCGUCGACCCCAGUAACCACGAUAUCCUCACCCCUGUAGGCCUCGUGGGUGAGAUGCUAAUCGAAGGACCCACAUUAGCAUCAGGAUAUCUCAAUGAUGAGUUCAAGUCGUCUACCGCAUUCGUCCUGGAUCCUGCUUGGAGCUCUGGCGAAGGCCGGAGAUUCUAUAAGACCGGCGAUCUGGUACGCUAUGCUGACGAUGGGUCUUUCCUUUUCGUUGGACGUAAGGACGCCCAAGUAAAGAUCAACGGCCAGAGAGUUGAGCUCGCCGAAAUUGAGAACCACAUCUUCUCCCUGUUACCAUCGCACCAGUCAGUCGUUAUACUGCCAUACUCUGGUCCUGCCAGGAACUCCCUGACAGCUAUCAUAGCAUCGGACGAUGACACUGUAGCUGGUUCUCUGGGUUUCGUGAAGGAUCCAAGCUUGAAGGACUUACUCACCUGGGAAAUCGCAGCUGUGCGCGAAGCCAUGCCCUCUCGUGUGCCAAGAUAUAUGGUUCCAAGAACAUGGUUUGCAGUCAAUAGACUUCCAUUGACAACAUCUGGAAAGAUUGACAGGAAAACGAUCCAGCUCUGGGUGGAACAGAUGGAUUCUGACGUGGCAAAGGCAGAAAUCCUGAGACUCAAGCAUGCCGAGUCGGCAACCAUCCCAACUACCCAGACCGAAAUUGUCCUUCAGCAAGCACUAAGUCGGGUCCUCAACCUGACAUGCAGCGAAAUUCCAUUUGAUCGAUCAUUCAUGGGUUUAGGUGGUGACUCUAUUACUGGGAUGCAACUCGUCUCCAGGCUCCAAUCAGCUGAUGUCGUGCUCAGCGUACGUCAACUUCUUGAAGGCAAAACGAUUCGAGAACUUGCCGCUGUUGUGCGGCCGAAGAGUCAACCUGUUGACUUGCCGGAGGAAGAAGUGGGACAGCCGUUCGGGUUAUCACCGAUUCAAACCAUGCUUAUCGAUUCAAUCUGCCCACCAUCUUCGACAGCCAAGCGGUUCAAUCAAAGCUUCCUUGUCCGUCUUACGCGGAAGAUUGAUAUGGAUCGUCUGACUUCUGGCAUCACCUAUCUUGUUGCUCGACAUAACAUGCUACGGGCUCGCUACCAGCGAUCUCAUGAUAACGAGUGGUCUCAACUAAUCCAACCUCAGGCAGGAAGUUCCUACGACCUGUCAGUUCAUGACGCUGCGGACAUGUCUCGGGUGAUGGCCGAAACGCAAGGCAGUCUGGACAUCGUCGCCGGUCCUGUAUUUGCCGCCAAUCUCUUUACGAGUGUCGAUGGUGAUGUGUUGUUCCUAGUCGCUCAUCACAUGGUCGUUGACCUAGUGUCUUGGCGCAUCAUUCUAGAUGAUCUCGAGGAGUUCUUGACGAGAAACCGUGCAGAAGCAAGCCCCGACCCACUGUCAUUCCAGACUUGGCUUUCACUUCAACUGAAGAGGGCGCAAGAGCUCUCUCCAAGUGCAGCGCUUCCUUUUGAGUUGCAACCGCCGGACCUGAGGUACUGGGGCCUGCCAGCUGGCGCAAAUACUUUCCGUGAUGUUAUUGAGCACGACUUUAUCCUAGAUGAACAAGCUACAACCGAACUCCUUCACGACUGCAACAUGGCCCUUGGAACUAGCACAGUUGAUAUUUUGAUGGGUUCCUUAAUCCACGCAUUCGUGCAAACCUUCCCAGAUCGUGCACCCCCCAGUAUAUUCACAGAAGGUCACGGACGAGAAACAUGGGAUGAUUCGAUAGACAUAUCGUCAACGGUUGGCUGGUUUACAACAAUGUCUCCUGUCUACAUCGCAUCCGAUGGCAGCGAUGAUAUCAGACGCUGCAUCAAGAAAGUCAAGGACCGUCGUCGCCAGACUCCUAUGAAUGGCUGGUCGUACUUCGUCAGCCGCUUCCUGAAUGACGAAGGCAGACAGCGAUUUGCGCACGACGGCCCGGUGGAGGCGGUACUGAAUUUCACUGGGCAGUAUCAGCAGCUGGAACGGCCAGACUCUCUUUUCCAGCUCGUGGCGCGCGACGACUACGGACCAGAAACUUGUGACGUGGACCCUGAUAUGUCGCGUCCUUCGAUCUUCGACAUAUCCUCCGGCGUCAUUGAUGGGCGCAUGAAGGUCUCGUUCAUGUGGCCCAGGGCGAUAUCUCGUCAGGAUAAAAUCAAAACUUGGGCAACAAACACCAAAAUAUCCCUCACUGAGGCCAUCAGAAAGCUGCGCGGCUUUACCAAAGAGUUCACUGUCACUGACUUUCCUCUCUUGUCGCUUACGGACGAUGAUUUUGACAGCCUAGUCGAUGAAUCGUUGCCAAAACACAGCAUCACAAGCUUAGAGGAGGUCGAGGACAUGUAUCCUGCUACGCCAUUGCAGGAGGCCCUCAUGAUGUCGCGCAGCAUAGACUCUGAACUUUAUGCCGUGCGUAUGAUACACAAGGUAUCUCACGAUAGGGACCAGGUCAUCGAUAUUGAUCGUCUCGAAGCUGCAUGGACAGCUGUGGUCCAUCGGCAUCAGAGCUUGAGGACGGUUUUCGUCGAUACUGUGUCUGACAACAGUGCUCUAACUCAGGUGGUACUGAAGGCUAUGCCACAUACAGCAAUGAGAGCAACUUGUGAAUCCGAUUCGCAAGCAUUGGAACUGCUAGACCAGCCGGAAUUAGGAAGACCUAGCCUCGCAUGGCAGGUGACCACUCCAGCCAAGCUCAUUAUCUGCCAGGUCCCGUCGACUGGCAACACAUACUGCAAGAUCGAUGUAAACCAUGCGGUCGCCGACGGUGCUUCGAACGGCGUUCUUAUGCGGGAUCUUGGCCUUGCUUAUGAAGGCAUGUUGGCCCAGGGACCUGGGCCGCUCUACAGCAGCUUCGUAUCAUAUAUGUUGCGCGGUGAUAGACAAGAAAGCCUUGCCUAUUGGGGAGAUUACUUAAAUGGGCUUGAGCCUUGCAUGGUGAACAGUGGCUCUUCUUUCAAAGGCAAGAAAGAACUCAAAGAUAUCGAGUUUGCGGUACCAGAUCCCGGAAAGCUCCGUGCAUUUUCCGCUGCUAACUCUGUCACUGUUGCGAAUAUCUUUCACGCCGCGUGGGCACUAGUGCUGCGCAACUUCGCAGGGUCAGAUCAAGUAUGCUUUGGCUACCUCCAUGCGGGCCGCGAUGUUCCCGUAGAAGGAGCACGUGAUGCUGUCGGGCUUUUCAUCAAUAUGCUCGUCAGUCGCGUCGAUUUCACUCGGGAUCUGUCAACCGGUGACCUGGUGAGGAAAGUACAGUCUGACUACAUCGAUGCGCUUAGCCACCAGAACUGUUCUCUGGCAGAUAUGCAGAAGCUUGCUGGCCAGUCUCUCUUUAACAGUAUCAUGUCAUUCCAAGUCGUCUCAGAGACCAGCACAGCCGGAACUGGCCUCAACUUCGAACAGGUCGGCGCACACGAUCCGACGGAGUACGCGCUAAGCAUCAGCGUUGCGGCGGCUGAUGAGUCAAUAUGGGUUACUGUCAGCUAUUACACAGAUACCAUUUCCGACUUUCUGGGGAACAGCAUCGCGACCAGUAUAGAAGCUGCAGUCGCCGGUCUCAUCGGUGUUGCACCCACCACUGUAGCAUCAAGUAUCCCCAUUCUCGGAGACUGCAAUAUCAAUACACUUCGAAACUGGAAUUCGUCACCACCAGAGCCGGUUACUAGCUGCGUACAUCAUAUGAUCGAAGAACAAUCCAAAACACAACCUGACGCUAUGGCUGUGUGUUCGACAGAGAUCAGUUGGACCUACAGUGAACUAGCCGAGCUAUCCAUCCCCGUCGCACAACGACUUGCUGGCUUGGGAAUCGGCCCUGGUGUCAAAGUUCCGUACUGCUUCGACGCAUCGCCAUGGGCUAUCGUUGUCAUGCUAGCCAUUCUUAAGUCAGGUGGAGCAUGUGUAGCCCUGGACCCAAAACAUCCAUCAGAUCGGUUGCGUGGUAUCAUCGAUGACGCGGAUGCCGACAUAGUCAUUGCCGAGCCUCAUCACGCUGCCAAAUUCCUCUCAAUGACCGCGGUCCUCUCCCUAGGCUCCGAUCAAAUCAAACGCUUGAGAUUAUCCUCUCGCGAGAGGAGAGUUCUACUCCCAGAGACGCAACCAACAGACCUUGCCUUCGUCAAUUUUACUUCUGGUAGUACAGGAAAGCCUAAAGGGAUAUUGCUAGAACACCAAGCCAUUUGCACAAGCGGGUCGUACUAUGGUGCUGCAAUGGGCUAUGGGCCCGGCUCACGCGUCGUUCAAUUCUCGUCAUACACGUUCGACGUCAGCCUUAGCGACAUUUUCUUCUCCCUGAUGCGUGGUGGAACGGUUUGCGUCCCUACAGAACAUGAAAAGCUUAACGACCUUGCUGGCUUCAUCAAUCGUCUCAAUGUCAACGUUGCAGACCUAACACCAUCGGUGCUCGAAGCAAUGCUAAGCCCUGAGGCAGUUCCCAGCCUCAAAACCAUCUGUCUCGGCGGCGAAGCUGUCAAACAAGACAAUUUGACAAUAUGGGCUGAUAGAGUUGCUUUACACAACUACUACGGCCCAUCGGAAUGCUCCGUCGCAUGUGUAGGGAGAUCUAAUCUCUCAAGCGGUGACCUAGCAGCGAACAUUGGCUCUGGUUGUGGCGCAUUGACUUGGGUUGUAGAGAGCAAAAAUCCUUACAAGCUUGCGCCUCUAGGUACGAUUGGUGAGCUCGCGCUCGAAGGACCUCUCUUAGCCCGAGGCUAUGUGAAGCUGCCAGAGAAGACAAACGAAGCUUUCCUUCACAAUGUGACAUGGCCAGGAUUUACUCAACCGAAGCGCUUGUACUUGACCGGAGACUUGGUGAGAUACAACUUUGACGGAAGCCUAGACUUCUUGGGCCGCAAAGACACCCAGGUCAAGAUCCGUGGUCAACGUGUCGAAAUUGGCGAAGUAGAGCACCAUGCGAUACUCCAUUGUCCCCCUACAGUCAGCCAAGUUGCCAUCGAGGCUAUCAAGAUAAAUAGCCGCGAUGGCGUAUUGUUGACAGCAUUCAUCGCUGUCGGUCCCCACUCCGUGACAUCAGGUGACGCAGAACUUCCUCCGACUCUGCGUAAUCUUCUUCGAAACAUGCAGGCCUCAUUGGCUUCGAUCCUUCCGUCUUAUAUGGUACCAUCGCUCUUUAUACCAUUGCCUGAGCUCCCACGCAACGCGGCUGGAAAGCGAGACCGUAAGGCUCUACAACAUAUUGCUGCCACGCUUUCAGAUGCCCAACUACGCACAUUCUCUCUUACAGAUAGCACUGUCCGUAAGCGCCAGCCAACGACGACAACCGAACAACGCCUUCGAUCCGUGUGGUCAAAGAUCCUCAAAUUGAAAGAGUCAGAUAUUGGCGUUGACGAGAGUUUCUUCCGAUUAGGAGGAGAUUCAAUUGCAGCUAUGAGGCUUGCCGCUGCUGCAACGAAGAGUGGCAUCCAGGUUUCAGUUCUGGAUAUCAUGACACACAAGAGCAUCUCGAAGAUUGCAGCUGUUUCUGAUGGCAGGGUAGAUGAGGCGUAUGCCACUCAGAGCGUCACAAGCUCUGGUAUAUCCAGCGAUGCACCCACCCGCGGCCCCGCUAUGCUCGAGGCUCCGGCACACCCUGAUAUUGAUCCAAAGGACAUCGAAACCAUCUACCCUUGCACAGCUUCUCAGAAGGACCUUCUUGCCGCCUCACAAGCCAGUCCAGAAUCUGGGUAUUAUGAGAUUUCGCAGACUUUUGAGGUGAUACUGCAAGGAGAAACGACCUAUCAAGUGGACGUUGACCAACUACAAAACGCCUGGCAACAAGUCGUGGACAGACACCCCAUUCUUCGUACCGUCUUCCAUGACACAUUGGGGCAGGUGGUCCUCAAAACACACACUGCGGAGGUCGUGCAUACACAGGUCGAAGAUGCAGGGGCCCUAGAGAAACAAGCAAAGAUGCCUCUUCCCUUGGAUUCGCUCCGACCCCUGCAUCGCAUGACCAUUGGAAAGACACUUGGAGGCAAGGUAGUCUGUCAAUUAGGUAUACACCACGCUAUCACCGACGGCCAUUCCAUCAUGGUCAUGUUCGAAGAGCUCGCAAGCGCAUACGCGGGGACUCUGCCAAUCGGGCCCGGGCCAUCCAUGCAUGACUUUAUAUCACAAUCUUCCGCUCUGGACCGGAAGGCAGCUCUAUCACACUGGAACUCGAUCCUGGGUGAUAUCAGCCACGUUCGUCGAUUUGACCGCUCGGGGUCUACUACCAGCAACGCCCCGCGUACUGGUCUUCAUGAACUACACUCGAAAGUUCACAACAGCCAAUUAGGCCCUUUCUGCUUGGUCAACGAGUCUACCGUACCCUCUCUUGUGUAUGCAGCCUGGGGUAUCGUGCUACACAGUCUACAGACGAACCAAAAUCAAGAGGCAGUCUUCGCGUACCUUACCAGCGCUCGCACUUUGGUGCCAUCUGAGGCAUUAGGUUUCUUUGUCAACACGGUGCUCCACCGCGGACCUAAUGACCCCAGGAUGGCCCUUUCAACUCUAGUUCAGCAUGCCCACGAAUCGGUGCUCGCGGGUUUGCCACACUCGCAUAUAGCACCAUCCGAGCUUGGACUUGAGGUCAGCUCGUUGCUAAACGUUCGCAAGUUUGAUGAUGAGCAUGUUGCUGUCAUUGGCGGUAAUGACACUACUGACGCUCGUGGCAUCACAUUUGACGUACUCCCAUCACUGGAUCCAAUGCCUUAUGACGUCGUGGUUGCGGUAUCCGAAAUGGGUGGCGGUGUCUUGGACCUCACCCUUUCCUACUGGAGCUCAGUUGUCGAUGCGGCUUAUGCGCAAACAGCGCUCAGUCGCUUGGAAAAGGUCUUGGGUCUUAUGGGAAGGAAUGAUGACUUGACCUGUGCUGAAGUAAUAGAGAUGUUGAAUUCAUAA